AUGGAUAAACCAUAUGACGAAAUGGUUGAUGUACCAGAUUCUGAAGAUAUAGCCACACCACGCCUUCAGCAGUCAUUAUCUGAAACUCUUGAUAAAUUUCAAGAUUCUCGUGGUGAUAGUAAUAAUAAAUCGUUAAGAAAAACAAAUAAUGAAGUAACAGGAGAACCAAAUGCAGCUGCACCGAAAUCCGUUAUUGGAAUGAAAUCGAAUAAUGCUAAAAUAAGUGCUCUAGAAAGUUCUGAUGAUGAUGACGAUGAUGACGAAGAGGAAGAUGAUGACGAUGAUGAUGAUGAUGAUGACGAGGAGGAUGAUGAAAAUGCCAAUCUUCAAGAUACAAUUGAAGGUGCAUAUAAUCCAGCCGAUUUUGAACAUUUGUCUGUUUCAUCUGAAAUCAAAGAAAUUUUUGGAUAUAUUCAAAGAUAUACACCACAGACUAUUGAAUUAGAAACAAAGUUGAAGCCAUUUAUUCCAGAUUAUAUGCCAGCUGUUGGAGAUAUAGAUGCAUUUUUAAAAGUUCCAAGACCAGAUGGUAAACAGGAUCACUUAGGUUUACUAGUUUUGGAUGAACCAUGUGCUAAUCAGUCCGAUCCUACAGUACUCGAUUUACAACUAAGAGCAUUAUCUAAACAGACGACAUCAAAACAAGUAACAGUAAGAAGUAUUGAAGAUGCAGAACAACAAAAAAAGGCUAUAGAUAAUUGGAUUAGAAAUAUUACAGACUUGUAUAGAGCUAAACCACCACCAACUGUACAUUAUGUUAGAAAUAUGCCUGAAAUAUCACAAUUAAUGGCUGAAUGGCCAACAACAUUUGAAGAAAGUAUGCGAAAUCUUCAAAUACCAUCCUCACAGUUGGAUUGCAGUCUUAAAGAUUAUGUGGAUAUUAUAUGUGUAAAUUUCUUUUGUGAAAGUAUCGCGAUAGACGAAUUUUGA